UCUUCUUCUUCUUCUUCUUCUUCUUCUUCUUCUCCUCAAUAAUCUGUCUAUCCUCUCCUUCCUGACUCCUUAUUUCUCCCUUUUCUGUGGCUUUAUCUUCCACGUCUUCCUCCUUCUUCUGCUUCUGACACACCCUUUUCUUUCCUCGAACAAUUCCUAAAUCUUCCACUCAUCCUCUUCCCUGCAUUCUUUCUGUCAGUCUCUUCAUCCCUUUGGAAAGCUUCAGCCUGAAUCAUCCUCUCUCUCUCUCACUCUCUCACUCUCUCACACACACACACACACACACACACACACACACACACACACACACACACACACACACACACACACACACACAUUCAUUCCUCCUCUAAUUCUUAAAUCCACCUCUCUUUCUCUAUAGGCUCUCAGCUUUCCAGCUCCCCUAGUUCCUACCCCAUCCUCUCUCUCUCAUGUGCACACACACACACGCACACACAAUGCACGCACAUGUCCAUCCUUGUUUCUCACAUUCCCAAAUCCUAAAUGCUCGCCUAGCAGGGAUCGCACACACACUGGCACACACACAUAUGUUCCGGAUGAUUAGGCUGGCAGAGCCACAGAGCAGUCAGCCCACUGGAGGGGAAGAUGAUGAUGGAGGGAUGGAUGGAGAGUGUGAGGGGAUGGAUGGAUGGAGUGAGACGGGAUGGAUGGAUGGAUGGAUGUCAGAUGGUAGUAAUCUCAUUUUUGCUGGAAGCAGAAAACUAGUCGUCAUCACAGGGAAACAAUCACCCUGAGUCUAUAUGGCGCAACUGCACGACCCUUAUAUUCGGAGCGCGUGCACGUGCGCGUGCAGAUGUGGAUUCGGGGUUGAAGUUGCCAUCCGAUAGAGGGCGGAGUGAGAGAGAGAGGGAGAGAGAGAGAAAGAGAGAGACAGUGAGGAGUGGGGAAGCUGGAGCUGCAGAGGGCUGGAGCUGCGGAAAGGAGCGGAGCGGACACGGGCUGCAACGGAUGCCGGGAACCUGCAGCCUGAGAGCGGGGGGAGCGAGAGGAGGGAGUCGGGGGUCCUGACCAGAGAGGCUCAUACUAGCACGAGUCGUGGUUUGAGAGUCCGUUGGUGUCCAGCGCGCCCACACACACACACACACACACACACAUCCACACACACACAUAUCCACACACUCAUACGUCUUAAGAACAGCGGGAGAUGCAUUACGUCAUAGCCUCCCGUCGCCCUAGAUGACCGCGCGCGCAGGACGGGAUGAUGCGGGGCUGCUGGACUACAACUGAUUCCGCUGCUGCUGCUGCUCGCGAGCGCCCGGUGGCGGUGUCUCGAGCGGACGAGGAAGAAGGGGAGCCGCCGUCGCGCGGCCGCCGGCUCUGAUGGCUCCUCGCGCCCCGGGCGGGAAAGAGACACAGCAGUCGCCGCGGUGCGAGAGGGAAGGGGACAGCGGGUAUCUGGGAAGUGACGUGGUAAACGCGCCCCGCGAGCAAGCAAAACGGUGCGGUUGUCGUGCGUUUCGCAGGAGGGCAGGAGCGGGAAGGGGAACAUGGCCGCGCAGUCGGACGGCGGCAAAGCCGGGGUCGGGUGCGGCGGGGGCGGUUUCGCCCAGCUGUACGAUGUUGAUGCCGAGGAGCCCCUGGACUCCGCCGCGAUCCACAUCUGUCAGUGCUGCCGCACCUCGGCUUGCUACUGGGGCUGCCGCUCAGCCUGCCUCGGCUCUCUCCUCGGUGGGGGCCAGCCGACCGGAGGGGUCGGCAUCCGGGAGACUCACUGCCCGCCCCGGGAGCAGCUGUGGCUGGACUGCCUCUGGAUCAUCCUCGCCCUCCUCGUCUUCUUCUGGGACGUUGGCACGGACCUUUGCCUGGCGCUGGACUACUAUCAGAGGCAGGACUACCUCUGGUUCGGCCUCACUCUCUUCUUCGUGCUGGUGCCGUCGGUGCUGGUCCAGAUACUGAGCUUCCGCUGGUUCGUUCAGGACUACACCGGCGGGGGGCUCGGGGAGGUGGAGGGGCUGACCAAGCGGGGCACGGUGGCUCUGGGGUGCCUGUAUCCCGGCAGGGACCGCCUGCAGCUGGCCACCAUCUGGCUGUGGCAGGCCACCAUUCACAUCCUUCAGCUGGGACAGGUGUGGAGGUACAUCAGGACCCUGUACCUGGGCAUCAUGUCGCGUCGACAGAAGGAGCACCAGCGGCGCUGGUACUGGGCCAUGAUGUUCGAGUACGCGGACGUCAACAUGCUGCGGCUGCUGGAGACUUUCCUGGAGUCGGCCCCUCAGCUGGUCCUGCAGCUCUGCAUCAUGAUCCAGGAGAACCGAGCCGAGACGCUGCAGUUCCAAGAAAGAAAGCACAAUCGCAUCUCCUCCCUGGGCUCCCUCUUGUCUCUCGCCUGGGUCCUGGCCUCCUACCACAAACUCCUGCGAGACUCCCGUGACGACCAGCGCAGCAUGAGCUACCGCGGGGCGCUGCUGCACCUCUUCUGGCGCCUCUUCACCAUCUCGUCCCGCGUCCUCUCGCUUGCCCUCUUCGCCUCCCUCUUCCACAUCUACUUCGGCAUCUUUGUGGUGGUGCACUGGUGCGCCAUGGCCUUCUGGGUGGUGCACGGAGGCACCGACUUCUGCAUGUCAAAGUGGGAGGAGGUGCUCUUCAACAUGGUGGUCGGCAUCGUCUACAUCUUCUGCUGGUUCAACGUGAAGGAGGGCCGGACGCGCUACAGGAUGGUGGCGUACUACACCGUGGUGCUGGCUGAAAACACCAUCCUCACCGGGCUGUGGUACGCCUACAGAGACCCAGCACUGACUGACUCCUACGCAGUCCCAGCGCUGUGCGGCGUCUACCUGACGUUUGCCGGUGGCGUCCUUGUCAUGCUGCUGUACUACGGCUUCCUGCAUCCUGCCACCACCCACCUCCAGCCGAGCCCCGCCUCGUCCUGCUGCGCCCAGCUUCUCUGGGGCCUGCCCCUGCCCCCGUCAGCCCCACCCACAGCCCCACCCACCCCGGCCCACAUGACAAAGUCACAGACAGAAGAGGAUGUGGCCGAGACGUGUCUCCCUGUCUUCCAGGUGAGGUCGGCGCCCCCCACCUCCAAGCCCGAGGGCCCGCUGAUAAAGAUCGACAUGCCCAGGAAGCGUUACCCAGCUUGGGACGCCCACUACGUAGACAGGCGCCUGCGGAGGACUAUAAACAUCCUGCAGUACAUAACGCCGGCCGCUAAAUCGAGGCCAGACGCUAAGCUGUUUCUGAUCUCAGACCAGUUUCUACCAGAUCUGAGUCCGACGACCAUCGAAAUCCUUUUAGAGGCGCUUGGUUGUUUUGGGACAAAUACUAGAAUUCAAUCAUGGGGGGAAAAAAACAAGUCGGAAAGGAUUUCAGUGGUUUGACUCAGGUGUGGACACUAUAAGCACAGGGCAGGGUCAAAUUAAACCUUAAUGUGGAUGUAUCUAUAAGACGUACCAUGAGCUUUUUAUUUUCUUGGGGGUCAUGCUUUUCUACUGUGUUCUUCAGCUUGGGAAAGAAAAAAAAAAAAGUAGCUCUAGAGAAUUCGAUGUGCAAAAAGUACCUUUUUUCUUUUCUCGUGGUUGGCAUUUUGAUUGUAAAUACCUUUUCCUGGUAAUCCUCCUCGGUUGGAUCUAUGUUUCGAUGAGUUCGCUUAGAUGGCUCUUUCAAAUGUACUGAUAGUAAAUGUUCUUUAUAAAUAUCCAGAAUGUAAGGCGAGAGGAGAAAAAUAAGGCUUAACUGGAAAACUGUUUUUUCGUAGGAGUCUGUGCCAUCGUGUUGUCUUGAGUAUAAGCACACUGAUUUUAGAUCUGUAGGCAGGAUGGAGUCUCUGGAGGUGAUCUGCCAGACAGCCACAACCAAACUUUGGUUCCGUUUCUCUGACCAGACAGGUCACACUUGUCUCUUGUAUUCCUGAUGAGCACCUAUGAUAAUUCUUAAUUGUUCUGCAAAGAAAGACCAUCAACACAAGCGGUAAAAAUCUUUGUAAUUGAUGAUUUUAAACCCUCAUGUGUUGUGUUCAAGUGCUCAAAGAGUCAUCACUCUCUUUCUUGUAUGCUGAAGCUGUAGCCAGCGAUCAGUUAGCUUAACAUAGCACAAAGAGUUGAAACAAAGGUGAAACAGGUAGCUAGCUUUGGUAUAAGUUUAAAAAGUUGGCCGUAGACUUUGUCUGAAGACAUUCCCUAUUUACAUACAAUAGAAUAAUUAUCCACCAUGUUAUAUGAGAACCUGAAUUGUGCCUGUCAAAAUGUAGGCUAUCCACUAUAUUGUGGUCUCAAAAAUUCCUCAUUAGAAGGAAAAAAAACGGGAAGCUAAUGUAUCCUGGGUGUCGCUUCAUAUAUGGCGUACAAAUAGUAUUAAUCUUCUUAUAUAAAAAACAAGUUCUGGGAAAAAAAGUUUCACUUGUUCCUUAAACCAAAUAUCCACACAAAAAAGUUAGUUUAGCUGAAAACUGGAGGCAGUGGGAAACAAUUAGCCACCUCCCAGCAUCUCCAAUGUCUCAGCUUUAGCAUAGAGACAUGAGAGUGGUUUCAAUCUUACCCAAGUAUUGGCUUGAAUACCUUCCCUAAUGUCAAACUAUUCUUUGAAAAUGUUGUAUUUUUUUAAUGGUAUAUUUUUCAGAUAAAGUUACAUACAGUGGUGGCAAAAGCUGAUAGUUGAGUGAGAGAAUAUGAUUUCUUGUCAUUUUUGGGAACCAACCCUUUAAGAAACAAUUGGAGUAAUUCAGGAGUCAUGUGAUCGUUCGGCUCCGGACAUGGUUAGAAAGCUUGGUAAGAUGGUCACAUUUGCAGGUGCAGCUACAUGCCAAUAAACAGUUCAGUACAUAAGCACAUAUCUCAAACUUGUCUGGCUGACAUCUCCUGACUUCACUGUAGAAAACGAUGGCUGCCGUCAUCAAACCGUGUUCAAAAAAACCGCUCCUGCGUCAGCUCAUACAAUCACUGUUCAGGAAUCCUCUGGUCUCCGAGGGAUUCCCAGAAUUCACACCGAAUGUUUUCCGACCAACCACAAGCGGAAGAGAAAUGAGACGACACCUUGUGUAUCUCGUUUGUCGUGUAUUCUGUCUCUGCGAUAGUGUUCAAAGCAUUCGGGGGAAGAGUUGAAUGAUAUUUUCAAAUGGCUCCAGGUGGCCAGCGUUAGGAAAUGUGUUAUUUUUGUUACAAUACCUCCUGAAAAUAAAGUCUAUUUAUCUGUGAAGAGACAAAGAUUUACAAUAAUACAGAUGACAUAGAAAUUAUGACAGAUUUUAAAUGAUGUAAAACAGAUAUAAAUGAAACUAUGUACAGUUCAUUUGGUUUUGAACACGAUACAGAAAAUGUAUAUGCGUCAGUAUUGAGUUUGAUUUUAUAUAUUUACCAUUUUAUUACAUUGUAAUGUUGUGACUGCGAUGGAGAAAAAAAAAAUAUAAAGGAAUAUA